AUGACCGCCUUUUUUUUCUCGUCAUUUUGGCACCAUGUGCAUUUAGAUGCAUCAGAUGGUCGAGGAGAAAUCGCUGUUGCAAAGGAAAAAGUAGCUUUUUCGAGCUACUAUUUAAACCGUAUCCUGCUUAGCGCCAAGAUUCCCUCUUUUGGACGCCAAGACGGGUAUUUUUUUGUAUUCUGGCCUAUUAUAGACAGAUACGCCGCGCCUUCCUCGCUUACGGCGUUGGGUGGGCCUAUGGACUAUGACCUUUGGUGCGGAUCUUCCAUGUCACUAGGGCCCACAACAACGCUCGAGCUCUGA